AUGGCUUCGUCUCUUCCCUCCCUUCUUGGCACCGAUCCGUCUCGAUGCGCCCUCGAUACCUUCAGGAUAGCAAUUGCAAGGCGGGUGGCCGAUGCUCUGCCCCCGUUGACCAUAGAGCAGGCAUACUCGGGCAUUGACUACGGCAAAAAAGGUGUCGAUUUCACCGUUGCUCUUCCUCGAUUCCGUCUGCCAGGCAAGGUCGAUGAGCUCGCUGCAAAAGUCAUCGCGCAGUUUCAACCAGAUGAAUACGUCGCCUCUGUUACACACGACAAAGCCUUUCUUCACUUCCAGCUGACCACCUCGACCGUUAUCCGACAAGUCCUUACCCAAAUCCAUACCCUCACUCACAAUACUCCCUCUGGAGAGCCCGAGUACGGCACAAAUAUCUCCGGCAAGGGAAAAACGCUGGUCAUCGAAUACUCCUCACCCAACAUCGCAAAGUCCUUUCAUGUCGGCCAUCUGCGAAGUACAAUCAUUGGUGCAUUUCUCGCCAACCUGUACAAAAGUUGUGGGUGGGACGUCGUUUCUAUGAAUUACCUCGGAGACUGGGGUACCCAAUUUGGUCUUAUCGCCGUAGGGUUCGAGAAAUAUGGAUCCCAGGAGGAACUCGAAAAGGACGCGAUCAAGCACCUUUUCGACAUAUAUGUCAAGAUUAACGCGGAUAUAGAAUCCAACCCAGAGGUCAAAACUGAGGCAGGUAAAUGGUUCAAAAGGAUGGAGGAUGGCGACGAGACUGCGCUCACAAACUGGCGGGUUUGGCGAGAAUUAAGCGUCAAAAAAUAUGCAGAGGAAUAUGAGCGAUUGAAUGUCAAGUUCGACGUAUACACGGGCGAGAGUAUGGUUGGAAGGGAAUGGCAGGACAAGGCACAGGCUCGCCUUGAGGACAUGGGCCUUAUCACUGGUGUUGAUGGUGCCAAACUCGUAGACUUGGAGAAGUGGAAGCUCGGAAAAGCUGUUCUCCGAAAAUCAGAUGGGACCUCGAUAUAUCUCACUCGGGAUAUCGGAGGUGCCAUUGAACGAUAUGAAAAGUACAAGUUCGACAAGAUGAUUUAUGUCAUAUCAUCACAGCAAGAUCAUCAUGUUCAACAGUUUUUCAAGAUUCUUCAGCUUCUAGAAUUCCCCUGGGCCAAAUCUCUUGAGCAUGUCAAUUACGGUCUUGUUGAAGGCAUGAGUACACGAAAAGGGACUGUCGUAUUCUUGGAUCAAAUUAUCAAGGAGGCUGCCCAAGUGAUGCAUGAGCAGAUGCAAAAGAAUGAAGACAAGUAUUCCGCUAUAGAGGACCCAGAAACGACGAGUCGAGAAGUUGGUAUCACCGGUGUGAAAAUACAGGACAUGGCUGCGAAACGAAUCAACAACUACACAUUCACGUGGGACCGAAUGAAAUCUUUCGAGGGUGAUACGGGUCCUUACCUUCAAUAUGCGCAUGUCCGGCUUGCAUCUAUUGGCCGGAAAAAUCCACAUCUUCUUCCGCUUCCUCCCCCAUCGCAGAUCAACAUUGAAACAUUGACCCAAUCUAAACACGCUCGUGACAUUGCUUUACUCUUGGGAUCGUAUCCGGAUGUAGUGAAAGUCGCGCUGAAAACACACGAGCCUAGUGGGGUGGUCACGUUUGCGUUCAGGCUCAGUCACGCCAUCUCCAGUGCGUGGGAGACGGUGGUGGUCAAAGGAGAAGAGGAUAUAGAGAAAGCGAGGGCGAGGAUGUGGCUGUACGAUUCUGCACGAGAUGUCCUGGCUACUGCGAUGAGGCUAUUGAGCAUUCGACCACUUGAGAGGAUGUAA